AUGGCCUCUGAGUCGGUGAAGGUGGUGGUGCGCUGCCGCCCCAUGAACCAGCGGGAGCGGGAUCUGAACUGUCAGUCAGUGGUGACGGUGGACAGCGCGCGGGGCCAGUGCUUCAUCCAGAACCCAGGCGCCGCCGAUGAGCCCCCCAAGCAGUUCACCUUCGAUGGCGCCUAUUACAUGGAUCACUUCACCGAGCAGAUCUACAACGAGAUCGCCUACCCGCUAGUAGAGGGUGUCACCGAGGGCUAUAAUGGCACCAUCUUUGCUUAUGGCCAGACGGGCAGCGGGAAGUCCUUCACCAUGCAGGGCCUGCCGGAACCUCCCUCCCAGAGGGGCAUCAUCCCGAGGGCCUUCGAGCACAUUUUUGAAAGUGUCCAGUGUGCAGAGAAUACCAAGUUCCUGGUCCGGGCCUCCUACCUGGAGAUCUACAAUGAAGAUGUCCGUGACCUGCUGGGGGCAGACACCAAGCAGAAGCUGGAGCUGAAGGAGCACCCAGAGAAGGGCGUGUAUGUGAAGGGGCUGUCCAUGCACACAGUGCACAGCGUGGCCCAGUGUGAGCGCAUCAUGGAGACGGGCUGGAAGAACCGCUCAGUUGGCUACACCCUGAUGAACAAGGACUCCUCCCGCUCACACUCCAUCUUCACCAUCAGCAUUGAGAUCUAUGCUGUGGAUGAGCGGGGCAAGGACCAUCUCCGGGCAGGCAAGCUGAACCUGGUGGACCUGGCGGGCAGUGAACGACAGUCCAAGACAGGAGCCACUGGGGAAAGGCUCAAGGAGGCCACCAAAAUCAACCUGUCACUGUCAGCACUGGGCAAUGUCAUCUCGGCCCUGGUGGACGGACGCUGCAAACACAUCCCCUACCGGGACUCGAAGCUGACACGGCUGCUGCAGGACUCACUGGGUGGCAACACCAAGACGCUGAUGGUAGCCUGCCUGUCACCUGCUGACAACAACUACGACGAGUCACUCAGCACGCUGCGCUAUGCCAACCGAGCUAAGAACAUCAAGAACAAGCCGCGCAUCAACGAGGACCCCAAGGAUGCUCUUCUUCGCGAGUAUCAGGAGGAGAUCAAGAGGCUCAAGGCUAUUCUGGCCCAGCAGAUGAGCCCGGGCAGCCUGUCAGUCCUGCUGUCCGGCCAGACACCCCUAAAACCUUCCCAGCUUGAGGAGAAGCCACUGCCCCCACCUGUUACCCAACAAGACACAGAGGCAGAGAAGCAGCUGAUCCGGGAGGAGUACGAGGAGCGCCUGGCCAGGCUGAAGGCCGACUACGAGGCUGAGCAGGAAUCUCGGGCCCGGCUGGAGGAGGACAUCACCGCCAUGCGCAACUCCUACAACAUGAAGCUGUCCACGCUGGAGGAGAGCCUGCGGAAGGAGACAGAGGUUCUCCUGAAGGCAGAAGCCCUCUACAAGACUGAGGACAUGCCCAAGCCAGAGUUUGCAAACAGAUGUGAGCACACACCUGCCUUUCCACUGGAUGCCAGCCUCCAGCCUACGCUCUGCUUCACACUCAGCCCUCCAUCCCUGGCAGAACUCCCCAGGUCUGAGAGCUCACUCCGGUUGGAGGAACCACUCAAAGUGCAGGACUCCAAGUUUGAGGUUUCUUUUGGGUCAAAUGGAUCAAGCACAUUGGAGAAAACUUCCACACUUGAGGCUUUCCCUGAGCCCGGUGAGUGCUCCACCCUGGAAUUCUCUACACUUGAGGAGGAGCCCAAGAACAGACCCUUCUCAGAGCACCUCAGCCAGGAGACCACCGGACCCCUGCAGGACAAUCAGGGCUACUUCCAGGAAGAGGGGCCCAAACUGUUGCCCUUGGAGCUGCUACCAGGCCUGAAGGACCCAUUUGCUGAGUUGGAAGCCAAGCUGUCCAGGCUCACCUACACAGUGGCCAGGACAGACGUGUCCCUGGAAGACUCACCCGAGGUCCCCGAGCAGGAGGUUAAUCCAGCCCAAGAAGUGGCCGAGGAGGCAGAACCUGAUAUGGAGGCCAAAGUGGAGGCCCAGGCACCCUUGGUGGCCCAGCCUCUCCCCCUGGUGGCCUCAGGAGGCGUAAGGAAGGAGAACACAGACGUGGAAGUGGCAGGGCUGGCCAUAGUGGACCAGCAGCAGGUGCUUGCCCGCCUGCAGCUGUUGGAGCAGCAGGUGGUAGGUGGGGAGCAAGCCAAGAACAAGGACCUGAAGGAGAAGCACAGACGAAGAAAGAGGUAUGCAGAUGAGCGCAAGAAGCAGCUGGUGGCGGCCCUGCAGAACUCAGACGACAGUGGGGACUGGGUGCUGCUCAAGGUCUACGACUCCAUCCAGGAGGAAGUGAGGGCCAAGAGCAAGCUGCUGGAGAAGAUGCAGAAGAAGCUUCGGGCAGCAGAGGUGGAGAUCAAAGAUCUGCAGUCAGAGUUUGAGCUGGAGAAGAUUGAUUACCUGGCCACCAUCCGCAGACAGGAACGGGACUUCAUGCUCUUCCAGCAGCUUUUGGAGCAUGUGCAGCCCCUGAUUCGCCGAGACUGCAAUUACAGCAACCUGGACAAGAUCAGGCGCGAGUCUUCCUGGGAUGAGGAGAAUGGCUUCUGGAAGAUCCCUGAGCCCAUCAUCAUGAAAACCAGCCUCCCAGUAGUUCCAACCGGGCCACCAAGCAAAUCAGUCCGCAAAACCUCUGCAGCAGACAACGGAGAACCAGGCCUGGAAGAAGAUCGCUACAAGCUGAUGCUCAAUCGGAGUGACAGUGAAAACAUUGCCAGUAACUACUUCCGACCUAAGAGGGCCAGCCAGAUCCUCAGCACGGAUCCCAUAAAGAGUCUCGCUCAUCACAACUCACCACCAGGCCUCAGCUCACCACUCAGCAACAAUGCUGCCGUUACUCCCACCCAGGCCCCUGAAAUGCCCCAGCCCCGGCCCUACCGCCUCGAAUCCCUCGACGUCCACUUCACCAAGGCCAAGCGCAAGAAAAGCAAAAGCAACUUUGGCAGUGAGCCUCUGUGA